AUGGCUCGAAUCACAAGAUCAGGAGCAAAACAUAAGUCGCCACCAUCUUCUCAACCAGCACCACCCAAUCCUCAACCACCUUCUUCUCAACAACCUCAAGCUUUGACCACCCAGCAAGCACAUGCCCCUCCUUGUCCUUCACCUGACUUACCUUCCCCCAAUUGUGCCUUACGGCCUCAUUUGCCUCGACAAACAUCCUCUUCUGCAACUCAGCGCAGACAACCAACUCCUUCCCAUAAUGGAUCUCCUCCGGCUCAGUCUCAACGCAGCAAACGUAGUACUUGUCGACUAACACAACCAUUAGCUUCAGUCAAUAACGCCAACAUGAGCUCUGAAGAAUCUGAUGACCGGGAUGAAGACUAUCAAGGAGGCUCUUCUGAUACAGAGCCAGAAGAAUCUAUUGGCGUGAUCGACAAUCAAACCGGUGCAAGAAAUGACAAAAGACAAGGAAAACAUGUACUAUCAUUGAUAUCAACAUUGGCUACAACUUCAAACGAGCGUGCCAAACGUCUUAGAAUUCACAAUCCCGCCAAUGAGACUGAAAGAACCAAAGACGCAUUACACUUUGAAACCACCAUGCCAACGAUUAAAAAUUACAAGGAACUUGUUGAUGAUUGGCCUGAAUACAAAAUCACGGCUGAAAUACGUGCUAUGAUGGGUAACGUGUCUCGUUAUACCCUCAACAAGUCAAUUGGCGAGUUAGGUGGAGAACGAGGUGAUGAUGCUUACCAUCUCUGGAUGAGUUAUUCUAAGGAAGGGGGCAAACCCAAGAUGUCUCACAGAGGACAAACCGGUGUUUUGUCUAAUUGUAACAAGGUGGUUGGAGCAUUAUGGACUGCGCUUCCCCUCGCUCGUCGACGUGUUUUCCAUCCAAGAAUUUUCUAUGCUCUUUCUGGCCUGCCUCCACCACCUAAACCAAAUGAUCAUGAAGACGAUGAUGAUGAAGAUGAAGAUGAGAAAAGCUGGGAUGAACUGCCGACUCAAGAAAGAGAAGAGCUGCAGACAUUAUAUGACAAGAUGGUAAGUAAAGAAAAAGUCGCCAAGGUAUAUGCCAAAGUGGCCGCAGGGGUGGCAGACGGCGAAACCCUUCCUGAAUACAACUGCAAGUUGUUAAGAUGUAUUGAGCGACUUCAUGACCAGAUUGCAAACAAAUCCAAUCGAAUGUCAUUCUCUUAUUACCUCAUAGCUUCAAGUAACUAUGCAGCCACCGAAGGAUCAUCUUCAGACCCUGGGUGGUGCCGCGAAUUCACUUCACACAAUGACAUGGCCGACUAUGUCACAACUAAGGCCAAUUUUCCAACAAUUUUCGCUGCUCAUAUCCAGGGUCUCUCGGUCAAUGAGGUCGUGGCAAAACAGACUGGGAAGAAGAAUCUCGUCAGGGCUAAGGAACCUUCGCCAAGUGAUGUUCUCAAAGGACAACUAUCACACCGCUUGCGUCUUGAGAUGAAAACAGCACUGAAGAUGGACGUCCAAGGAUUUCCUUGCGGACCCGACCCUGUCAAGCGUGCAGAGGAUAAGUUCUCAUUACGAGUGAUUCAACUCCCCGGUUCAGCACUAUCAACUGAAGUCUUGGCAUUGGGCUUUGACAAAAUGAAGACUUCCCAGCGACGUCUCUGGUUGGACGAUGUGAAUGCAGGCUUUUUCAAACUUGAGAAGAUAUCGGAUGGUACCGAGAACAAUCAAUCAGAACCAUCACAGCCCGCUGAUGAUGGUGUCAAUGGUGACCUCUUGGCUGAUGUUGAUGACACGUUUGUUGACAAUGUUGAAGAGUGGGGUGGAUUAGAGUGGGCUGGAUUUGUCGACUCAUAG